AUGACGACAAACAUUGCAGAAUGCCUCAAUGCAGCUUUGGAGGAUGCACGUAAAUUGCCUAUUCAAUGUUUGAUGGAGUAUAUUAGGAAUAUGCUGCAACAAUGGUUUUAUGAGAGACGGGGUCACGCUAGUAAGAUGGGUAGACAUCUUACCUCUUGGGCUGAAGGAGAAAUAGCUAAAAGAUUUACAUUAUCCCAAUAUUGGCAGUCAGAAUCAAUUGAUAUGUAUAGAUUUAAUGUCAAAGAUGGUAACUCCGGUGGCAUAGUAGACUUGAAGGCGAAAACUUGCACAUGUCGAGUGUUUGAUUCUGACAAAUUUCCAUGUGGACAUGCCCUGGAUGCUGCACGUUCACAAAAUAUUGACCCAUACACUUUGUCGUCUGCAUACUACCAAACAGAGGCUCUGUUGUGUGUCUAUGUCGAUCUGAUUAUGUCGGUGGGCAGUCAGGCCGAUUGGAUCGUACCGGAUGAAAGUGCAUAUGUAACACCCCAAAUUUCUUGA